ACACCGUGAGGGCCUCGCAGGGCCACCACACCCCAGCCAGGCAGGUCCUGGGCGCCGUGCACACAACUCAGCACCUGCUGCCAGCAUGCCCUGUGGGUCCGGAUGUGCAACAACCCUACACUGGGCUGUGUGUCAGCCCAUGCACACAUGGUGAUGGCGUGAUGCACUUCUAUGACCUCCUCUGUCAUCUCAGCAAACACAUGUUGGUAGCAACUACAGUCAUCAAACAUGGAACUGCCAUAAGACACACAGCUUCUCUUCUCAGGCACGGGCAUCAGAUUAGAAUCCCUGAAUGGCAGAGGGGACAGGCCUUCGGAGGUCACCUAGCCCAGAGUUCCUCCUGGUGGCCCUACUGCAUCUGGGACUGCACCAUCCAUGAACUUGGUAUGGCUAAUGGCUAGAAAGCUCCGGAGUUUUUUUAAAAGCCUGCUAGGCCCAAGCAAACGAAGAACAUGCUAACAAAUGCGGUGGACAACUGUUUCAACAGCUAUGAUAUUCAAGUAUGUAAAACCACUGACAAAUAUCAACGAGUGAAACACAUUUAUAACUUCCGCCUGCUCUGGGCGAGUCAUGCCAUUUACGAUGGCGUGAUUAGGACACAAACGCAAGUAGAAACCGAGGUACAAAUGUCACUCGGGCGCACCAUGUGCCCUUUCUCUUGCCAACCGUAUGAAGCUCUGAUACAAAGGGACAGAAACCCUACGAUCCAUGAUAACAUAGCAGGAACUCAGGAGAAAGAUCGGGGACGCACCCACAUGGGUGAUGUGGCAGCAAGUGAGAGUCUAAAGGGCAUCUGUGAGUCUGACCCCUCAAGGGACAGCACAGUAAUGUCACAGCCCCUUGUAGGACUGAUUGUAGGAAUAAAUGAAGAUGUAUACAGAGCAUUUCUUAAUUUUUGGCAUUUUGAAGAGUUGCUUAAAAGUCCUAGAAACUGAUAAAGCUGUCAGUCGCAGUUCAUGAGCCACUGGUUGUUUAGUUCAACAUAGAGCAGCCUGGCUCACCUGGGAGGGAGGGAGGGAGAGGGAUUACAAGCCAGGUGUCCAUUCUCUUUACCUCUACUGAGCAUGAGCCCCAAAGUGUCGAUUCUGCACAUGUCUGAUCAGCCCGACCCCCUCUGAAGCGGCAGCAGAAGCAACAAUGAGACAGACAACCACACAGGGAGGGAGAUGACCACGGGCUGAGGCUGACGCCCCUUGUGCUCCCCGACUCUGAUACCCACCAGCCAGUGCACUGUGUGACCACGGACAAGCCGAGUGACUUUUGGGGGGUCUCUACUGUCCUACGAAGUGAGGACAGCUAGCUUAAUGGUUGCUAAGGUUCUUCCCGGCUUUAAUACGCAGGAGAAGAGGGAAGGAAAAAGGACCUUGCUUAGAGGUCCCAAAUGCUCCUAUAUGAAUUCUGGAGUCCACACAAACAAACCCAGAUGCACACACAGUGUAAACAUACACGCUGCCUCGCAUCAGGGACUAGGGGACAGCUGACGCCACGUACCCUCCUGUUUCUGCUUCAUGACCCAAAUGCUUCUGAAAUGCCCAGCAACGGUGUAAUCAACCCAUGUCCUCCAGGAGAUAAAGAGCACUUCCUGGGCUCUAAUGCAACGGCCUUCACAUCAAGGCCCCACUGCGAGGCCCUGGCAAUGACAUGGGCCUCACCUGGACAUCUAGGCCCGGCGAGGCGCAUGGCCAGGCCGGGCAGACUCAAGGGGCUGGAGCCAUGGGGGGACUCCCGGGGGUGGGGGCAAAAGGCAGUGCUGGGACACACAUCGGAGAUGUUCAGACUUGCCUCCCAGUUGGAACUGAAAGCCGCUCCCUGCCUAGUCUGCCUGUCCAUCCUCACCAGAGAGGAGCAGCCGAGCCAGGGCCCCGUGGAAGACUGGCGGGCAGCGCGGCCGCGAGACGGAGGCAGUGUUUAAAGCCGCCGCGAUGAGUCUGUACUCUUAAUUUGAGUGUCUGGGUCAAGAGGAUUAAAGAACAACGGAGAGAGCCUUCCCCUCAGACGGGUAAUUCACUCCACCUUCCCCUCACAGACGUGCCCAGGAGACAGGCAUCUCUUUGCUUCAGGAAAAAAAAAUGCAAAAUCCAGGAAUUUGUGCUCUGAACUAAGCAUGCCCCUGAUUACCAAGUCGAACGUGGCCUAGGUUGACUGUUCUCUAAGUCAGGCCAAUCCAGAGCCCCUUUUAAACCAGCCACCCUCUAACGAGCACCUGUUUGGACUGAACACGAAGGAAAAUAACUGUUUAACAUGAGACCAGACCCAAUUUUGAUCUUAUUCCCUACAUGUGUUUUGGUCACAAUGGUGCAGACCUGGCCACUGAAACCACAUCAAGCCGCUCUAGACAGUGUCCCAAAGCCAGUGUCCCCACAGGACAGCAGGGAAGAGCCCCGGCAUCACACAUCCAGGCAGCACCCAAGGGCGAGAGCAGCCCGACGCACGACAGGCCCUGGUGGCCAGGGGCCGCCUGUUGGCCGCGCCUGCCGCAGGCACUCAGGAGAGAACCGUGACACGACUGCUGGAAGCAGGCACGGAGAGGGAGAGCCUGGAGGAGGUGACACAGCCAGGUACCCUCACGACCCAUCACGACCUGUUCACAGGCAGUGACCGCAUCUGAGUGACCAGAAACACGGGAAGCUGAGAUUUAUUUACAAGGGUUUAUCAUUUUGGAGAACUGAAGGGAACUUAGGAGACGUGACUAUACCCAGCCUGAGUCGUAACUCUAGAUAGUGGUCAUGUCACACAGCCACCUGCAGCUCCCACACAACACAGAAAAGCCUCCUUUCUCUUAGUAUUUCCGGAUAAAAAGGAACUGAAGAAAGCAGUCUGCAAUUCUUGGUGAGUGAGAACUCCAAAGACGACGAGCAGGCAGGUCAGCCUUCCUCAUCACCGGGGACUGGCGCUGCCCUUGUCCAGGCCCACAUCCCAGCAAACUGGAACCUGUGGCCGGUGACUUCCCUCACACCAGGCUGAGUCAGGUGGAUGCAGGAGUUCGGUGACACAUGUGUGUGUCCACCAUGACCCAGAACUCCCAGCAAGUCUCCCUGAGUGCUGCUCUGUAGUUUCAUGCUUUACCUCGACGGAUAAGAAGAGGUGUCAACUGGCCCUAAGCUGGAGAGAUGGCCUGGCUUUCUCUACUAAAAAAUCCACGCGUGACACAGAGCCUAACUAACUGUAGGAGAGCAGUGACAGGCCACGCAGAGAUGACAGCUGUACCUCACCUUCCAGAAGUGCUAACCAGUCUCCCCACGUCUCCACCAGAAGAGGUGGGGCGGCUUUUCUUAACCUCCUGUCUAAGUGAGUCAGCUCCUGUCUGCUCUCUCCCCAGUCCUGAUGGUGCAGGGCAGGAAGCCCUUGGCAAGGCAGGUGACAGAGCCAAGGAACUCGAGGAAAAUGCUCAGAACCCACCAGUCACCUGCUAGCCAUCCACGAGCUGCUGGUCCAGAGCGCUAACACCUGCGGCUGUAUGUGCCCGGCUCAGUGUCCUGUGAGGGCCAUCCUCGCUACCCCACACUUGACCAGAGGCCAAGGGGAGCUCCUGGGGGUGAUAGCUCCUAGGACUGGCUCUGUGAUGCCCAAGGACAGGUAAACAUACCAAGUACACGGUGGAGAAUCAGGCUCCAGGCAGCGUAUCUGUCACCUUGGUGAUGAGCCAUCAGGCAGAACCCAUUAAGUGCUAACUAAUACUCCUGUUUACUGGUGUAAAUGUGCUCCAAGUUACCUUCUGCAGGCUGCCAGUCAGUACCAGCUGACGUGAUUUUGGAUGGCUGAGUUCAUUAGUCUCUGGCCCUUCCAACCCGGUCGCAGAUGGCCUCUGAAUGCUGAGCUCCCGGAGAGCACUCUCAGCAGUUUCUCCAGUGCCUGGCCUCCUGGGAGCAGGAGGACACUGUCCCUGGCUGCCUGGGCAGGAGCUCGAUGCCAGAGAUGCCGCUCGGGAGGGGCCUGUCAGCGGAAACUAAGCAGGCCGCUUAUCCGGGGCUCUCGCUUCUGCAGACCUGAAGGACAGGUCACAGCAUGGCCAGGCGGCGAGGAGCCCAGCAAGGCGUACCAAGACUGGACCCCGAACUUGAGCCCACCACGUGCCAUGCACCACCACAGCAAGCCUCCGUCUCUGCACCUGAAGAUGGAGACACCACGGCCAACCUCACACGGUUCGGAGGCCGACACAAGUAUUACGUCCGGAGGACCUGGCCCAGCGCAGGUGCCGUUAAGGUUUUGGACCGGCUGAAUCCUGGGGCCUUGGGGGUGAACCUGGUGGUGGAGGAGACAGAAACCAAAGUAAAGCUUGUGAUAAAGCAGCUGAUGCCCCUGCUGAAGCUUCAGCACGACCACAUCUCCACCUACCAUGAGCUGUUCAUCAUGUGGAAUGGCGAGAUCUCCUCUCUGUGCCUCUGCCUGGUGAUGGACUACAAUGAGGGAAGCUUCCAUGAGGUCAUUGAGAAGAAGAGGGAGGAAAAGACAAUCAUUGACCCUCAGUGGAUGCAUCGCAUGCUGGGCCAAGUGCUGGAUGCUCUGGAUUACCUGCAUCAACUGGACAUCAUCCACAGAAACCUCAAGCCCUCCAACAUUGCCCUGGUCAGCAGCAGCCACUGCAAACUGCAGGACCUGAGCUCCAACGCGCUCAUGACCCACAAAGCCAAGUGGAACAUCCGUGCAGAGGAAGACCCCUUUCAUAAGUCCUGGAUGGCCCCAGAAGCCCUCAACUUCUCCUUCAGCCAGAAAGCCGACAUCUGGUCCCUGGGCUGCAUCAUUCUCGACAUGGUCAGCUGCUCCUUCAUGGAGGCAACAGAAGCCAUGCUCCUUCGCAAGUCCAUCCGGAGUCUCCCGGACGGCCUGAGGGGUGUCCUGAGGACCAUGGAGGAGCGGGAGAGCCCCCACGCGAAGACGUUCAGUUCCCUUUUGCCCCAGAUGCUUCAGAUCAGCCCCUCAGAGCGCAUAACAGUCAGGGACGUGAUCCACAUCACUUUCAUGAGCAGCAACUUAAGGUCCCCUAGCGUCCCCCUGGCGCUGCACGGGCAGGCGAUACCCGACUUCGUUGCCGACAUGCUGUUAGAAGGCAACAUGGCCAGCAUUUUAGAGAUCAUGCAGAACUUCUCCAGCCGGCCUGAAGUCCAGCUCAAGGCCAUCGAGAAGCUCCUGAGAAUGCCUGACGAGCAGCUAGGUAUGCCGUGGCAAAGGAAGCUGGUAGAGGAGGUGAUUGCGGUCAUGAAGCAACACGAGAGGAAUCUUGACAUCCAGCUGUGUGCCUGCUCCCUGCUGCUCCGCAUCCUGGGCCAAGGUGUGUUAGAUGUUCACUCUGGCACAGGCCCGGCAGGGUCUCAGAAACCAGCACUGGCCCACGGUGCCCCUCACUGGCUGUGUGGGCCAGGAGGGUGCCCCACCCUCGGGCCCUUCACUCCCUCAUGCAACAAGCAUUACAGGGACCUGCUCUGUGCCAGGUGAACAAGGCCGACCUCAGCUUCCUUCACGCAAAGUGAGGGCACUGCCCCCAGCCAGGGAGGGAGCCCACCCAGGGAGGGAGCCCACCCACAUGCCCUCCACCCACCGCUGGCCCCCAGCUUUGGCAGCUGACUUCAGGCUACUUCCAUCGCCCAAGUAGCGCUGGCACAGGACCCGGCAGCCAAGGCUCCCAGUGACAGCUUCGUCACCUCCGUCCUGAUGAGUGUCAUGUGGAGCCACCCUGAGGCCCAGCAGCUCCUGGUCAUGGUCUACAGCCUGCUCACCAUCAUCUGCAGCCAGGGUGGGUCUGCCCGCCUCUCUCUUGGCCGAGGCUGGGGUGCCAGGGGCAUGGGCAGUCCUGGGCCCUCUCCUGAGAUGGCUCAGUUGCACUGCCUUCGGGCGGUCUGCUCCACACGCUCAUCAUGUUCCCUCAACAACUGUGCACGGGCACCGGUACCUGCCAGGUGCCACUGCGGGCUUCACACUGACGUCUACGUCACGCUCAAGCCCUCACUGCCCCUUCUGCCCUGCUGACCUCUGCUCAUGGAGCACCUGGGCUUCUGAGGUCACCAGCUGGGCAGGCGGGGCAGCCAGACUGGGGAUGGCGUGGAGGAGAGGAGCAGUACCGAGGGCUUACAGACCUUUACACUCUCCCAACCACCUCAUUUGGGUCCGUAUCAGCCUCCCAAUGGGCAGAUGGCAUCCCAGAGAGCCCAAGGCACUCACCGAGUCCUGUGUCUGGGUGGGGGCAGGGCUGGGGGCUGGGUAAUGGACCGUACACCAUCGAUCCCACUCUGGGGAGUGAAAAGAGUGCUAUGAAUAGAGCACAAUCGUGGUCUCAUCUCAAAAGGCUCAGGAGUGCUGUGUGUCCCCAGGAGGCAGGGCCAGGUCCCUUGGAAGGAAAGCUACAGAGGUGGGGCCCCGCCCAGUAAUGGGAUGGGAGAUGCUGGGACAGAUGGUCGAGGGGAUGGACCAUGUCCUCGUUUCUGGGUCCCAAGCUGGAAGGAGGCCCGGAGGAGGGGUCCAGUAUUGUGGGAUGCAUGGGACUGCAGUGCCUGAGGACAACAGAGGGAGGUGGUACUCAGGGAAGGCUUCCUGGAGGAGGGGUCCUCUGUGGUCCUUAUUCCGGGGCCCACCCAACAGAAUCCACUGUAGAGGAGCUGCAGAGAGCCAGGUUGUUUGAACAUAUCCUGGAGCACCUGGACACCUCCUCCGGAAACAGGGACAUCUGCAUCAACGGCCUGAGCCUGUUGUGGGUCCUGCUGGUGGAUGGUGAGAGGGGCCCCUCCUCCUCCUCCUCCUCCUGCACUUCAAACACUUCAGGACAAGCCAUGGCCCAUGAAGGGCUCUCCUGAGAGCCCCAAAGCAGAGGAAAAGAAAGGAGGUGGAGAGGACAGAGGGGGAGGAGCUGUCCUGGUGGGGUGGGCCCCUCGCAGUCUGGCACUUCCUGCCCAGGGAGACCCCCAGUGCCCACCUGCUGGGAUUUCCCGGGCAGUCCCUGGUUUCGGAAAGUUAUCCUUGGCACUGGCAUCCUGUCCUCAUUUUGGAUUCAGAAAAGGGGCCCCAGGCAAU